GUGGCUAUGGCCGUGGAUGAGUGAGGUAGUGUGUGUUGCAACUCGUCUGUACGUGCGUAGGCGUUACCUGCUUCCUCUUCUAAUUUACUUGUUAGCUCUUCGGAUCAUCGCUGAUGAGUAAUAGAGGGACAGAUACCUUCAUCUCAUGCCACUGUGAACAGCUCUAGCCAGCGCCAAGAAGAGGCUACGAUAUUCUACUCUUUUCACUAUUACCCGGAAAAUCUUAAUCCCCUGGGGAGAAUAAAAAUUAUUUUCUACUUCUCCCUAGAUCUGCGAAUUAGCGAUUGCGCCGUUGAAACUUACCUUUCACCCGAAUUGCAAAAUUAGAUCUUUCGUUUUUAUCGACAUAAUCACACGUAUGUGUAUAUGAGAAAAUCGGAUAAUUCAUAAGAAUAUUUCGAGGUGUGAUAAAAUAUAAUCGUUCACUUCCUUGCCAAAGUUGAAUUAGAUUUUAAAAAUCAAAGUAUUUUAUCCUGGUUGUCCGUUGAGGCUCGGUUUUACGUCCUAAACUUUAGUCGUAAUAAUUUAUUGAAGUGUUUGAAAGCGUUCUCGUAUUCGUUUGUAAGAUAAGGCUUAUAUCACUUGACGCUGUCAUUGUGAUGAAAUAAUUGUGUAUACCCUAGUGCCAGUAUUGAUUAAGCUUAGAUGUACAGUGCGCCUUGUACCUUUUAACUCUUAGAUACGACAAUUGUCCCUCUCGCGAGUACGAUAGCUCUACCUGUCGCCGGAGUACGAGAAGCGUCGUAUGCGCCAGAGAUCUCGCGGUGUCACCUCGCCGUUCGUCCUAAACCAAAAUAAAAAAAAAGGGAUCCAUAUCCUUGAGUGACAAGUCGUUUUAAUCAAAACGAGUAGAGGCUAUAUUUGUUUUUAAGUGCGUCAGAGAAUCGCUGCUCUUCGACUCAAAUUCCUAGUCAGUUGAUAAUUGAGUUGUGGUGAGUUAAUUGGUGAAUCUUGAAGUGAACAUAUAUAUAAAAAAAACAGUCAGUUAAUAAUUGAGUUGUGCUGAGUUAAUUAGUGAAUUUUAAAGUGAACAUAUAUAUAAGAAAAAAAAACACUGGGACAUUUCUGGAAAUCUAAAUUUGCAUACACACAAGCCAUUAAUAUCUUCACUUCCCAAGAGGCUAAUUAGAAGGGGUUUAUAAAUUGCCCUAAUAAGAUCUGUGAGGCCAUUCUCUUGCUCUUAAAAACUCAGAAAAAAAAAUUCUAGUUAGUCCAAUCGAAAAUAUUUUAAAUCGUUCCCUUUUGUGAAGACUGAAAAUAAUCCCUCAAGAAUUUCCAAAGAAAAGCUUUCGCCGACGUUCAAGUAUUAAUCCUCAGCAGGAGCCGUUGCUGAGAAACCCCAGGGUAGGACAUCCUCCUCGCUGCUUGGUUUAGGAGCGCGCAAGACCGCCGCGCUUCGGACUACGCAGCCGCCGCAAGCAAUUUCUCCUUAGUUCGUUCUCCAAAGACGGGACCAUUAAUUUCUUCAAUAUGUCCAACAUUGUCGCACAACGGGUCAUGCAAAGGAAGAUCACCCCGGGGCUGAUGCCUCCUGGAUCUCCUGGCACCUACCGGAAAAAAUCAGCGUCCGUGGACCUUCCCGCGGCCUUACAGCAGCUGCCGCGGCCGCACCGAGGGAGCAUUUCUGGCGAGUCCAAAAUGGCCGAAGACAAACCUUGGCCUAAUACGAAAGAGGAUUACGAGCUACGAGAAGUCAUAGGUAUUGGAGCCACAGCCGUUGUACAUUCUGCAUUAUGUAUCCCCCGCAGCGAAAAAUGUGCCAUCAAAAGAAUAAACCUAGAAAAAUGGAAUACAAGUAUGGAUGAAUUAUUAAAAGAAAUCCAAGCGAUGUCAUUGUGCCAUCAUGAAAAUGUAGUGACGUAUUACACAUCAUUUGUAGUUAAGGAAGAGCUGUGGCUUGUGUUAAAGCUCCUAGGUGGCGGAUCUUUGCUUGAUAUCAUCAAACAUAGAAUGAAGUCAUCAGAUUGCAAGCAUGGAGUGUUUGAAGAACCUGUGAUUGCAACAGCAUUACGAGAGGUGCUAAAAGGUCUUGAAUACUUUCACAAUAAUGGCCAGAUUCACAGAGACAUCAAAGCGGGUAAUAUUUUAUUGGGUGAAGAUGGCGUUGUGCAGAUAGCAGACUUUGGUGUGAGUGCAUGGCUGUCAACUGGUGGAGAUUUGUCUCGUCAGAAGUCUCGACACACAUUUGUUGGAACGCCGUGUUGGAUGGCGCCUGAAGUUAUGGAACAGGUAUCGGGGUAUGAUUUUAAGGCAGACAUCUGGUCGUUUGGCAUUACUGCAAUAGAAAUGGUGACUGGAACAGCGCCUUAUCAUAAAUAUCCCCCCAUGAAGGUUCUAAUGUUAACACUACAAAAUGACCCACCUACACUAGAGACAGGUGCUGAGGAAAAGGACCAAUAUAAAAAUUAUGGAAAAGCAAUCAGGAAGAUGAUCACAGACUGUUUACAAAAGGAUCCUGCGAAGCGGCCCACUGCACAGGAGCUAUUAAAACAUCCUUUUUUCAAAAAGGCCAGAGAUAAAAAAUAUCUACAGUCCGUGCUCUUGCAGGGCGGACCAUCCAUAGAAGAGAGAGUGGCCAAGGAUGAACCCAUAUUAAGACGGAGGCAAAGUCGUGGACGGCAACCAGGUACAUCUGGUCGGUUACAUAGAACACAGAGUGGCGACUGGGUCUGGUCCAGUGAUGAAGAAGGAGACAAGGAUGAAGAUAAACCCAAUGCUACUUCCAAGAAUAAUUCUCCUGCUGACAACAAAAUUAAUUCAGCUCCUGCUGCUAAUGUUUCUCAUAUUAAACAUGGAGAUCAGGCUUCAACUAGCAGUUUAGAAAGUGGGUCUGACAAGCCUACUACAGAGCCUCAGCCUGAUUCCAAUCAGUCAUCACAGCCUGAGCAACAGCAUCCCCCUUCAAAUGAAGUUCCCCAACCUCAACCUCAACCCACACAACAAACUCCAACCCAUCCAAGUCCAAUGGUACCUACCCAGACACAGCAGCAUCAGCAGCAACAGCAGCAACAACAGCAGCAACAACAGCAGCAGCAACAGCAGCAGCAGCAGCAGCAGCAACAGCAGCAGCCAGCAACAGCUCCUUUAAUACAACCAGUUCCUCCCCACCAACAAAUGCAGCAACCUCAGUAUCAGCCGCAAAUGGUAGCGCAGUAUCCCCAGUCCAUAGCACAACAAGGCUAUCCUCCACAGUAUCAGCCACAAGUCAUGACACCCCAGGUACCAGUACAACAACAGCCUAUGGUCCCCAUCCAUUCACAGGGUCAGCCAGUACCUCCUCAACAGUAUGCCAUGCAGCAGAUUCCUCCACAAACUCCUGUUGGGGUUAUACCACAGCAGAUUCCAAAUAUGUUGUCCAUGACAGGCAUCGUACAACCUUUAAUGGCAGCACCAGUUGCACAAGGAGUCCCUACAAGCUUACCUCUAGGUACUGCAAUGCCCCAAGGUGUACAGCAGGUCUUACCACAGGGUAUGCCUCAAAUUGUUCCCAUAGCAAGUGUACCUCAGGUAAUUGGUGUACCUGAAGGAACCGGGGGAUAUAUUGCCCCUCCCGUCCAGCAACAGGUUUCUGUUGAGGGUGAUCCUAUUAACUUGGUGCUAAGAGUAAGGAACCAGAAGAGAGAACUCAAUGAUAUAAGAUUUGAGUUCACGGUAGGGAGAGAUACCUCAGAAGGUGUAGCAUCUGAGCUAGUUGCAGCUGGUUUAGUUGAUGGCAGAGAUUUGAUUGUUAUUGCCGCCAAUUUAGAUAAAAUAACUCAGCACCCAGAAUUGGGUCAAAAUCUAACAUUUAGACUGAACUCGGAGAGUGAAAGUACUGAAGUUCCAGAUGACAAGGCUUUGAUAGGCUUUGCUCAGCUGACUAUCUCAGACUGAAGAGUGGGCACUUGAGAGGCUUCCAGAGAUCUGGUCACCAUAGGUCUGUAACUCCGCAAGAAGUGGUUUUUGGCCUUGGUAUCAAAGGAGGCCUAAAGGAUGAAUGUGAUUUGUGAUGAUCAAAAGUGGAUUUUUAAGAUUUUUUUUUUUAAGAGUAGCAGGUUUUAUAAUGAAAAAUGUAUCAAAGUUAUGAAAGAUUUUUUUUCCUUUUGUAGUUAACUAUAAAAACAUUCUGUGAUGCGUAAAGGAGGUAUUUAUCUUCCUUAUAGGGUGGAUUUAUUAGCUUUCCCUUUUCUUUCAUUAUGUGCAAUCUGUGUUCUUUUUGGGGUGUCAUAUUUGGUAAUGAUGUUAGCAUAACAUCUGUGAGCCAUAUAUCUUGGUGUUGGAAAUGAUCAAUUGUUUUCGUCAUUCUUCAGAUUUACCCAGAAAUGAUUAAUGUUAGUGGAAGAUCAGCUCCAUUUUCUAAGAGUAAUAUUGUAGCUACUCAUAAUUUACACCAUAACUAGUCUCUUUUGGGUUAAGAAUUUAAGAGUGUACAAAUUGGUAUUUACAGUUUGAUAGUACGAUUAUGCGUAUUAAGGUAAAGUUAUACAAAUAUUUUUAGCACAUCAGUGCGCUUUUAUCAUUUUGCUUACAUUUAGGAAAAUGUUUUACAGUUAAAAAUCACAUUUAAGCAAGUCAUUUCAUUGUCAGUCCUUGAUAAUCCUUUAGAAAUCAGCAUGAAAUUUUUUAUUUUGUUUUGUAAUGCCAACAUGUAUACAAGUACUUGCUUUUAAAAUGUUUUAUUCAUCAUGUAAGAGUGAUCCCCUAUAAUAAAUUUUAAUGGGAGUAGCAGUAAAUCUUGAUGAUUAACUUGUAAGUUAAGAUAACGAAGUUAUCAUUGCUCAUGGAUCAUAUCAUUGCCGUUUUUAUACGUGGAUAAAAUUUAACACAGUAUAUCAGGAAGGUUGAUGUUUAUUAACCAGAUUGUUGUAGUAUAUAUUGAUCAUGGCAGAGUGGUUAGCGUUUGUUUCAAAAAGCCUUAAGAUGCACAUUUUCCUCUCCUUUUCCCGAGUAGUCAAGUUAGGUAUGUUAAGUUUUAAAAGUCAUGAGAUAUCUUUGAAUUACAACUCGUAAUGGUAUGCUAAAUAAUCUAACAUGUUCCAGAUGCAAUACAGUACAUAGUGAAUUAAUUAAUUUAGAUAUAAGAAGGUAAAGAACAUGUUACAUUUCUAUUUAGCAUAUUAACUUUCCAGAAUGAAUUGAAUUUCACUUGAUAGAUGUGGGAGGAUUGACUUAAGGGUAAUAAAAUAAAAAUUGGCAAAUAUUUUCACAAAAUGAAAAAAAUGAGGUGACUUAAUUUGUACCUGUAAUAUAACAUUUGGUUAUAAAUUUCUGUAUUUUAAAAAUGUAAAAAGGGAAGUUUAUUACCCUUAAGGUGACAGUUAAAUCAUGCCACAAUGAAACUGCAUUGCAAGUAUGUUCUCGUUUAAUCUACUUUUCUCUAGUAUUUUCAGAUUAAUUAUGCAAGAAAACUAGGGACAGUCAGUUAUAGUACGUAAUUAAAUUACCAUUGUUAAUUUUUCAAAAGUCUACAAAAAAUGAUCUAAAGUGCUUAAGAUCUGUUGUUUGUUAUUUAAAAAAAUUUAGAUUAGCGAAGAACUUACAAAAUGCAAUGAACAUAGAGCUUGCGUCUGUGUGAUUAUAUAACAUAUGAAUACUAUGACUUGAUUUAAGAUAUACAGGCAAAAGGAAUAGUAGUUGGUUAUUCUUCAUUAUUUUUGAUAAUCAUGUAAAACAAUCCAAAAUAAUGAGUCUUGAUAUGUAUACAUUAAUAUCCAGAGAUGCUCGACCAGCAUACGCUAAAUCAUGUCCACCCAACUUGGUGUUAAAGUAAGUACUUGCUUUAAGUUUAGAGGCACCAGUACUUGGUGAAAAGUUCAUGAUGGAUCUCCCCUUAACCUCCCUGUUCAGAACUUUGAAUAUUAAGAUGUAUUUUACUUUUAUUCAGCUGAAGAAACUUUUUUAUUCAUAAGAAAAACUACACAUUCUAAAAUUUAGUUAAAUUGCUUUACAAGCCAGUAAAUUAUGAAAGGGAUACCAUAAGGUGACGUGCUUUGAUUAGAAUAAGGUCUUUAAGUGCAGAAAACUUUGAGAAAAACAGGUGUUUUUGUACAGUAUUUAUAUGCCACAUUGUGUGGCUUACUUUCCAGCUUGUGUCCGUGGCAUGGUACUUACUCUUAGGUACGUACAGUAGAAUAUUACUCGUAAAUGUGCAUUAACUAUUAGCUUUAUUGUUGUCAUGUUUGAUGGUUUAUAGUUACCUGUUCACUAAAUAAAUUAAUGGUUAGAGUAUCUUAGGGAUGAAUUUUAAAAACUCUCAGUGAUUCCUAAACGUGAAUAUGUUAUGAAGGAAGGAAUUAGACCAUUAUGGCAUUUACUUUGGAGAACUUAGUGUAGGGAUACAUUGUAAACCUUAACGAAAGAAACCAUUUAAGUGUCCUUUACAUAUAUGAUCUUUGAGAACCUUUUGAGUCUGUGCAACUUGAAUGUUUUAUGAAUUGGAAUUCAACAGUUAGGUUACAUGUAAUAGCUGGAAAACAUGCAGGUUAACAUGUGCAUUAUAUAUGAGAAGUCAAGAUUGAAAGUAAGUGGGUUUAAUAUGGUUGUAAAUGGGAACACUCACUUGAACAACAGCAAUUUGUACAAGUUUUUUUUUAUAUAUAUAUAAAAGACACUCAUAACUGAUAUCCAGAAAGGAUUGUAAGGCUCAAAAUAUUAAUUAUUGUCGUAACCUAAAUUUUUUAUACACCAGGAAGGAAGAAAUUGGUAUACAUUUGUGAUGAAGAUUAUUCUAUAUAAUAAAUAUAUAUACUAUAUAUGGAAUUUGUGCUACAUAUUACAGUUCAGCUUGUUUAAAUUUUGUCAAGUGUUCCAAAUAAGUCAAGUUUAAAACUAACUUAUGCAAAACUAGCAUAAUUUAGUAGAAUGAUGGAUAUAAUACUAGCAUAACUUACAAGAAAAUGUGAUGGGUAAUUUGCAGGGUUCUUACUCAUAAUGCAGUCUGCUUGAUAAGGCCAGGUUAACUUUGUCUGUACCAGUUAUAGUAUCUACUUAUUUAGGUAAUUUUUUAUGUAGUCUCCAUAAGGUGUUUCUAGUUGUUAGUCCCCAUCUGUGGUUCAUGCAGUAUGGUACGGUAUAGUCACUAAUCCCGAUUUGUGGCUCGGCACCAUGAACUUAUUUAGUCAACCUUGAAGGGAUGCUGUAUGAAGGAAAGCACAUUUAAAGUUUGCAUAUGGCUGGGGAGUUAACUUUUCAAUCUGGUUGCCCUUCUGUGUUGCAGAAGAGGCCAUAGUGUGGAAAGGACAAUAUAUUCUAAGCUGUGAUAACUAAAUUAAUAGUGUACAUACUGAUAUUAUUUUCUAUAAACUGGCUAAAUACAUUGCAUUUAUUAAUGCACAUCCUUCCUCUCUUGAUUGUCAGAGUUUUCCUCUGAGGUCGUAACUCUGGUUACACUAUAGAGAAUAAACUCUAUUUUGUAGGUGUAGAUUUCUACAUUUAAUUUUUGUAUAAUUUACACCUGCAAGAUUAUCUGAAUUUCCCUGUGAACCCGGAUAGAGUCCUAGCCAAUAUUUUUUUGCCUAAUACUGUAUUUUACACUAAGGCAAAUUAUGAAGAAUUUUCAGCUACUUAGCCUUAUGCCUGAAUCAUAAAGUGAAGUUCAUACAGAACAUCUUGUUCUCGCCUGUGAUGCGUUAUGAGAUACUAGAAAAGUGCUUUGAAGCCUUACAUUUUUUGAUGUAGUGUAACUCUAUGACUACUUGAUGCCAGUAAUGUAAUUAAAGUAAUUUAUUAGAAAUUUAUUUUGAGGGUGAUUAACAUGAUAGUAUAAGUGUUAUUGUAUUCAAGGCAAAAUUUUUAAAUGAAUUUUUGAGUAGGUCAUAUGAUAGCAUUUUACAUUCUUUUUCUCACAUUUCUUGUCAUAAUGUGACAUUGUCAUCCUGUCUCCAGAACCAUUUAUCUUGAUCUCUUAAAUAAAUUAUUAAAAUCCAAUGGAAGUCAGAUUAGGAGCUGGAAUAUAGGAUUUAAUAAAUUUAUUCUUACUCCUUAGCUACUGUAUUUGCAAUAUAUACUGUAUGUUGUUAAUGUGAAGAGUGAUUUUGAGAGUUGGCUGAGUCUCUGUAUAGUCGUCAUUGAUGAAUGAUAUGUUGCUCAUCUUAAGUUCCUCAUCUGUUUAUAACUGUACAUACUCCUUAUAGUACCAAUUACACUUAUCACCAUAAUUCUCCCACUGUUUUCAUAUUCAGUUGUAUAGUUGAAAGUUCAUCAAGAAAUAAGUUAGUAUAAAUUAUUUUUUAUUUAAUGCUUAUCAUUUAGCCUAAUGUAUGCCCCAGGCUGCAGGUCUUCUUUGCAAUGCAAAACUAGGUAAGGUAGAGCAUUAUUACAUUACAUGCAUUUGAAGUAUUCUUUGCAUUAUGAAUAUGAAAAUGAAUCUAGUUUUUACUUACUGUUGAAAUUGUAAAUUUGGUUAGCAUCCUCUUAGUUUUAAGAGUAAGUUUCACUAGGGAAUUUAUAUCUAAAAAGUGAUGUAAUAUUAAACAGCAAUUAAUGAGUAAACUAGUUCAAUCAUUUUAAAAUACCUGAAUUAGAAUCAAUUUUUUCUUUUGCAUAUGAGAGCUCUACUGGGCUUUAGUUGUAUUAGUUAAUGUGAAUAAAAAGCUUAUGUGAAUAGUAAAAAAAAUGCUUCAUGAGAGUCAUACCUGCAGCAUUUUUGACUUUUUCUCUUGUCUAGGUAACAUGCUGUUAUGAUUUCCCUAUGUUGUAUUUUGUUGGUGGCCAGUGAUAGUAGGUGGAAGUGUCGGUGGGGGAAUCCAUUCUGAGUUUUAUUUUGAAUUUCUUGAGGGGUUAUGAAUUUUAAAGAAAAUAAGUCUUACCAAAGGACUGAUUGAAGAAAACACCCUUAAAAAUUUUUAACAAACGACCGCUUGAUUGAAGCAUAUUAUUUUAGGUGCAACUUUGGAAAUGACAGUACUCUAGAAAUUUCUCGCUCCACCUUGUCCCUGUAAAAGAAAUUUUGUAGUAAUGUAUGCUGCAAUGUCACAAUUUUCAUGUAUGGUUAGCAAAAUGCCAGAAAUUGUGGACUGAAAUUUUGCUAAUAAAAGGCUGCCUGUGAUUUUGAUUAUUUCAUAUGUUGGGGGAUGUCCAGAAGACUUCUUGAAAAAGAAAUAAAAUUUUUAUUGAAAAGUACUUUGAACAUAAAAGUUCAUUUAAUGUCCUCAUUAAACUUUCUAACUACGUAUUGAUCAAUCUUUGUUGUCGUAUUGGGAAAACAUAAACAUUCAGCUAUUUAAAAAUGAAAUAUGUGAUACUGGCUUUAGCCUUAUCAGGGUUCCAUGUAUGAAUGUUUGAUGAGAUUUUAUUUUUCAUGAAAUUGUUUUAAUAGUAUUUUAUUUUUCAUGAAAUGGUUUACUUACACAGUACUGUAUAUUUUCGUGUAUAGCAUAAAAACCAUAUUUAUUUUCACCAUUUCACCUCACAGUUUUUUAUUCUAACUAAUAGUGAAUGUGCCAAAGUCCAUAUAUACAUGUGCUAAACAUGUGUAGUUUAAAAUAAGUUGAAAAGUCCAAAUUACAAUCUUACGUCCAAUGCUUAAGAAAUGUUAGUCUGUCAGUGGUUCUGUUUUAGAUGACAUUCACAAUUUCAUUUAAGUACAAUGGCCCCUGGACAGUUUUUCCCCCGACUUCAUCCACACUGUAGCAUAUUGCCUUAUUUGUGCUGAGAAAAAUGUAAGAUGUGUAAGACACUGUAUAUUUAUAAUAAAGUUGUACAGUAUUUUGUGAUUAUGAAAACUAUUAACUUCAUUUGCUUUAUAGUUUCCUCGUACCAUAAUAUGGUUACUAUUUACGCAUAGUUUACUCAAUUUUCACAAUUUAUUAGUUUUGGUUGUAUAAUUGACCGAAUAGCCUGAAGGCAAUUUUCAGAAAAGUGGAAUAUAUAUAUAUAUAAAAAUGAUUUUUCCAUUUUUGUGUGUAAACUAUAUAGUCAAGUAAGAAUUGAAACUAUUUGGAAUACAUUUAUUUUUAUAAAUUUUGUGAAUGACUUCAUAAGGGGUCCAAAAGAAAUGGUAAUAUCCAGAGUCCUCUAAUGAUUCUUUUCAAUAAAUCCUUUAGCCUCAUUACGCCAUUGGCUGCAUAUGGAAGGUGAAAUUUUUUGCCUUCUUCACCAUCACACACUUUCUUGUAAUUUGUUGUUAAAUUUGACAUCUGUAAGUUCUGCUUUUGUUUUAGUAAAAUGGUUUUUGAGUUUAAA